AUGCAAUUCAUAAGAUAUAUCAUAGGAAUUGAUGGGAUAAAACCUGAUCACAAAAGAAGAUUUAUUGAAGGAUUUGCUAAAAAGGCUGCACCUUUACAUAAACUACUACAAAAGGAUGUAGAAUUUAUUUGGACCGAUAAACAUGAAGAAAUAUUCAAUUGGCUUAAACAACAAUUAAUUACUCCUCCUAUACUCCAAUAUCCUCGCUUCACGGAUACUUCCUAUCAAGACAUUGGAGCUGUACUCGCUCAAAUAAAAGACAAAAAGAAAUAUGUUAUUGCUUAUGCAAGCAGAACAUUAUUUCCUGCAGAGAAAAACUAUAGUACUGUUGAGCUCGAGUGUUUAGCAUAA